AUGGAGGGCUGCCUCUUUGGCAUAGCAAAUAACGAAGUCCAAAGUUUGGUGAAUCUGGUAAAAAAUGAAGCUCAAUAUUUCUGUUGUUUCAACAAUUAUGUUGAAAAUUUUGAUCAAAAAAAGAAAAUACUAGCAGCAAAGUAUCAGGAUGUGAAGAGAGAGUUUCAGAAAGGCAAAGGAGUCUUCAGUUUUAAGUCUGAAGCGCAGCAAUGGGUAGAUGAAGCAGAUGAUAUCAUCCAUAUAGACAGUAAAAUAAAGAAGAGAUUUCUUGGUGGCCGUUGUCCUAAUUGCUGGUGGCAGUACCGAAGAGGCAAGGAGUUAGCAAAGGAGACUCAGCAUAUUGAAGCUCUACUAGGAAGAUGUGAGUCCAAUAUAAUAGCUGGUCGAGCAAAUAUACCGGACAUAAAACACCUUCCUUUACAAGAUUUUCUUCGUUUUAACAGCAGAGAGUCAAUGUUCCAAGAUCUGUUGAAGGCAUUACAAGAUAAUAAUUGCAAUAUGAUUGGAUUGCAAGGGAUAGGGGGAGCGGGCAAAACUUCAAUGGCAAAAGAAGUGGCUCAUAAGCUAAAAGAAUCUAACUUGAUUGACAAAUUCAUCUUUCUCGUUGUCUCCAAGCCUCCUGAUUUCAAAAAGACUCGUGGCGAACUUGCAAAAGGUUUAGAUUUGAAUUUAGAGAAAGAGAAGGAAGAAGAACUCUCAAAUACAAUAUGUUCCAGAAUCACUGAAAUAGGCAAAAAGUUACUUAUAAUACUAGAUGAUGUAUGGGAAAAGUUUGAUUUGAGAGAAAACUUGGGGAUUCCAUCUGACCACAAGGGCUGUACUUUAUUGAUAACCACACGUAGUUCAAAUGUUUGUAUGGAAAUGGAAUGCCGAAUGAUUGAACUACAGAUGUUAAACAAGAAAGAGGCAUUGAAACUUUUUGAAGCACAUGCCAAAUUAAAUAAUUCCCCUCGUGGUUUGAAAGGUAUGCCAGAAAAAAUUGUGGAGCAUUGUGGAGGCAUACCAGUUGUAAUUGUAGCAAUAGCUAGAGCAUUAAAAAACAAACCAGCAACAAUUUGGAAGGAUGCUUUGAAAACCUUGGAAGAUCGUGCUGUUGAUCAGCAUUUGGAAGGGGCUUAUAAAUGCUUGAAGUUAAGCUACGAUAACUUGAAAAAUCAAAAGUCCAAAGAGCUUUUUCUUAUAUCUUCUUUGUUCCCAGAAGAUUACCAAGUUCCUAUACAAGUUUUAACCAAAAUUGGUAUCGGGUUGGGUUCUUUUGAGGAAAAUGAUAGAUACCAUUUAGCAAGAAGCAAAGUGUAUGAAGCUAUAAUGGAACUCAUGGAUUUCUCUUUAUUGUUGCAUGGAGGGGAUGAAUGUGUAGAGAUGCAUGAUUCAAUUCGUGAAGUGGCUUUGUGGAUAGGAGAUAGAGAUAUUCAAUCUCUCAUAGAUUUGAAAAUGCCUAUGAAAGAGAGCUUGAGAUAUUUGCUUUGGAAGAAUGAUGACUUUACGACUAACUUUGACGGAAGUAAAUUGGAGGUUCUAUUAAUAUUUUUAGAUGGUUCAAAGGAGUUCAAGGUCUCGGGUGCAUUCUUUAAAGAGAUGAUGAGGCUCAAAGUUUUGGUUUUAUUUAGAACUUAUUAUUACGAAAGAACUCCAGCUCUAUUGUGGAUGAAUUCACUCCAAUCAUUGAAGGACAUUCGAACACUCGUUCUCAAGAAUUUGGAUUUAGGUGACAUCUCUAUCUUCGGAAACUUGUUGAGUCUUGGGACUAUUUGGUUUGAUGAUUGUUCAAUCAAUGAAUUACCAAGUGAAUUUUUGAAACUAAACAAGUUGAGAUCAUUGGAGGUAGAGAGAUGUGAAAUUGAAAAGAAUAAUCCUUUUGAAGUGAUGGAGAGAUGCUCACAGCUAGAAGAGUUAAAAUUUGUUAAUAAUAGGUGUGACAAUGAAGAAAAAGAUGCAAUUUCUCAAAAUGGAUAUCCUCUUACAUUACACAGAUAUUGUAUAUCUUCUUGGGACCUUUCAGUUUAUCUUGAGAAGUAUGACUUCGUGUCGAGAUGCCUUCAAAUGGAUGAUCAAUUAAGUCAUUUAGUCUCAGAGGCAACAUUUAAGCAACUUGCCAGAGGAGCUGAACUUCUUAUCUUGGAAGGAGAGGAUGCGCAAAGAAUAUGGAAAAAUCUUAUCCUUGAUAUUGUUGCAACAGCUGAUCGAGAAUUGAUGAAUGAUUUGAUUGUUCUUCAUUUGAGUUCGUGUCCUACCAUGGAGUGCCUCAUAGAUUCUAAAGAUCAUGAUUAUUCUGAUGUGGCUGCUUUCCGUAAUCUGGUUGAACUACAUCUCUCUAAAGUAGGUGUUGAAGAUUUAUGUCGGGAUCCUCCACCAUCUGGGUUUUUGGAGCAAUUAGAGAUUAUGAAGUUGAAUGAGUGUCUUAGACUGAAGAGCAUAUUAUCUAAUGGCAACUACAACUUAUGUCAUCUUAAGUCCAUGAAACUGGAAGAUUGUCCAAUGUUGGCGUCAGUUUUCCAACUCUCCACUGCACGAAGUCUGAUGAAGUUGGAAAAAUUAACAAUUAGGAACUGUAGUGCAUUGAAAUGCAUUAUAGUGAGUGAAGACAGUGGUAGUAACCAAAAAAGUUACCAUGACUCAUUAUUCCCAACAUUGAAAAAACUUCAAAUUGAAUUUUGCAGCAAAUUAAGAAUAAUAUUGCCAAUCCUAUUCGCUGGAGGUCUUUCAUCUUUGGAAAUGUUGAGUAUAUAUGAAUGUGAGCAGCUGGAAUACAUAUUUGAUAAGUUUGAAGAGGGCGAAGAUGCUAUGCUCCCCUCACUGGAAGAGCUGGAACUUUCUGGGGUACCAAGUUUCAUUGGAAUGUGCAAAGAACAUCACCAACUCGUGAGUUCAUCAAUGCAGAAGCCAUCAUCUCCACAUUCAAGACAUAAUUGUUCCAACAACAUGAAUCAAAGUCCUGCCAGACGUGCUUUCUCCUGGGUUCAAGCAUGUUGUUCUCUCAAUAAAUCGAGGCCCGCCAGUGAAGACACCAAAAUUACUGUUUCUGAACAAAGACAGCAUGACCACACAAUCCCACUGGUUGAUAUUAGCAUUUGUUACCAAAAACGACCUUGA